GGAAAGGGUUUGCAAUGUCUUUUCUUCGUGAAGUUUUCAAGAAAAAUAGUGACAAUAAAUUAAGUUUAUCCAUGUCGUAUUUUAUUUUAAAUAAAUUAUAUUAUAUAUCUGCAAUAUUCAAAACAACUUAACAUUGCAUUUUAUUUAAAAAUAAAAUUAACAAAAUUAGUUUUGAUUACGAUGCAUCGCCUGUUGUUGUUAAUUGAUAUGCUACUUUGUCACUUUAACUGAAGUUAGGUUAUAAUUAAGUCUUUAUUUUCAAAAAUCGCUUAAAUAAUUGGAGUUGUGACAAUUUAAUUAUUUGGUGCAAUAUAAAAAAAAUCAUGCAACCUAAAGAUCGUGAGAGAAUAGAUCGAAAUGUUGAUCAACUUGUAGAUUUAGUAGAUAUGGAAAAGUUGUGGCCUAAAAUAAAAGACAUUAUUUUCUAUCAAAAUGAUCCAGGAAUUCCUAAGUGGGAGAAUAGUUUGAAUGAUCCAGACACAAAAAGGAAUAUUUUAUUGGAAGUGAAGACACGCGGUCCUUAUGCUUAUAGUAAUUUAAUUAAUGGUUUAAAAGCAACUGAUCAACAUCCUUGUGUUGAAUUAUUACAGAACGAUUCGGAUGAAUCAAAUGCAGAUGGAUCGUCAUCAAUUAUAGUGAAAAAAUCUACAAGAUUUUAUGAUUUAAAUUCUAAUGAAAAUCCAAUUGGUACAUAUAGGAUGCGAAGUAAUCCACGUGGGCUAGUCUUACUCAUAUCAUUGAUAAAUUACGCUCCUGCAAACCUGUAUCGAGCAGCUGCUGAACUUGAUGAUAAAAAUUUAAAAGAUCUCUUUAAACAAAUGGGUUUCAAAGUUCAGUCUGAACGUAAUCUUACUGCCGAACAAAUAAGACAAACAAUUAAGGAAUUCUCACAAAAAGCUGAAUUACAAUUUGUAGACUCAGUAUUUAUCAUUGUAUGUGGUCACGGAAAUAUGAAUUCAAUUGGAGAUGAUUCAGUUGUCUACGGUGACGAUUACCACGACGGUUCAAAUUUAGUAGUAUCUUGCAAUGAGAUAAUUGAUUACUUUGUACCCGAAAAAUGUGAAUAUUUAAAAAAUAAACCAAAAGUAUUUAUUUUUCAAAUAUGCAGAGGAGGAAAUGAACAAAGUAUUGUCAGGAAUGGCAUGUACAGAAAUAUUCCAUUCCGGUUUAAUUUGGGAAUUGGAAAAUCACAUUUUGAUUAUUCUGAUAUGUUCAUAGCCCAUUCAACAUUGCCUGAUUGUGUAGCAUAUCGAGGCUGCGAGAGUGGUAGUUGGUUUAUUCAAUUUUGCUGUUCAGUUUUUGCACAGUAUGCGUAUGAACAUCACGUAGAAGAUUUAUUUAAUUUGGUUGAUCAAAAAAUUAGUGAGGUUUCAACCACGUCGAAAUUCACCGGACCGAGCAACACUACCUGCCAAACGCCGUCUCUCAAAAACUGUGUUUUUAAACAUUGCUUCAUAAAUCCUGGAUUAUUUGAGGCUAGCAAUUAGUUUUUUCUUACUUGUAUUGUUUUUUAAACGAUAUUACAUGAGUACUUCUAUUAAUAAUCAUUUUAUCAACUAUAUGAAGACUGCAAUACUUACAGUUAAUGAAUUAAACAGAUUAUUGUUAUUGAUUAAAUAAUUUCAUAAAUUAGUAUAUGAUUGCAAUAACUUCCUAAUAGGAGGUCAAAAAUAGUCAAAAAUCACA